UUUUUUUUUUUCUCCUCCCUCAAAACCAGCCGGAAAAGGGAAGCUUUGGGCGGCGCGCUGCUCGCUCGCUUCCCCUUCCGUACCCCGCUCCGCCCCGGGCCGCAGCAGAGCGGGGCUGCCGGGCAGUUUCCAGCAUGGCCGUGGACUGGCUCGGCUUUGGCUACGCUGCUCUGGUGGCAUCAGGAGGGCUUGUUGGCUAUGCAAAAGCAGGUAGUGUCCCAUCUCUAGUUGCUGGCCUUCUCUUUGGGAGUUUUGCUGGACUGGGUGCCUAUCAGCUCUCACAGAAUCCAAAUAAUGUGUGGAUUUCUCUGAUUACAUCUGGAACAUUGACUGCUGUCAUGGGAACGAGAUUUUACAACUCUGGAAAAUUCAUGCCUGCAGGGUUAAUUGCCGGUGUCAGUUUGCUAAUGGUUGGAAGAUUAGCACUGAAGAUGAUGGAAAAAACGCACGAAAAGUAAUUUUACAGUUUAAUAUAAGGAAUGAAGAUGGAGGAAUAGAGAAGAAAAAGGAUGGAACAGUUUCCUAUAUCAAGAGAGCUUUUUUUUCUUUUCUUUUAAUAACGUGGAAGAAAAUGAUGAGAGUCUUUUAUGUUUGUUUGUUUAUGGGGGUUUUUUUUGUAUACAAGAUGCCAUUUGUUUCAAAGAUCCAGUAGAGCUAUUGUUGUGUGGUGAGAUACUGGUCCUGGUUUCCAAACAUAUCUCAGUGUAUUUUAACUCUUCCAAUUUUUAUAUUCCAAAAUAAACUGAUGACGUGUAUGAUGCAGGGGGGACUUGUAAUUAAGAAAGUAUCCACAAAGAGUCAACAGGAGUAGUUGGCCAAAUACAGCACUAUGGUAACUCAUACAUUUCAUACUGCAUGUUACAGUCUGCUUUACCUGCUUGCAUUCUGAAUUGUAAGACCAUGCAUGUAUGACACUAAACAGGUCUUACCUCUCUAUUACGGAAUGAUGUUAAAAGAGAAUGGCUUUUCUACAAGUAAAAUCUGUUACAAAACUUUA